GAAAAUUGUGCGCAGGGACCCCGAGAAAAAAAACAACUAAUUAACGAAAUAAUUAUUUAAAUUGGGGGGUGGAAACGCACACAGACGCUAUGAAAUGAUUUUUAUUUGUCAAAAAACGCCGCGUUUUUGGAUUAAAUACCAUCCAAGUACUAAAAGUAAGCUUUUUCAGUGGAGUGCUCUGUUUCUUCUAGUAGCAGCAAAAACGUUUAAUUCAAUUGGAUUUGACUGAAAAAAAGGUCUUCAUCGUCAUGGAGGCUCGCCGGCAGCCAGACGAAGCUAGCGAGGAGUCCAACCGGGCCAUCCUGCCUCUCCUGCAGCCACCUGGCAAUCAGCAGUCCCACCGGAUCACGAACUUCUACAUCGACGACAUUUUAAGACCGGAUUUCGGCCGGAAGAGAAAAGGUGUGCCUCGGGUCCGGGAGGUGGACGUCACAAGAAGAGACCAGCCCACACCUGACAACCCUGAUUUACAAGAGAAGGAUUUCUCUGGAUCGUCCGACAAGAAGCAUCCAAACGGCCGGAAAAGUGAGCUGACUGGCGGCGAAGUUGAGGAGAAAAUCCGGGAAGAGGAGAGCAGCCCCCCGGCCAGCGCUGCACCUGACUCCGGCAAACAGAUGCUCUGGCCAGCUUGGGUUUAUUGUACCCGCUACUCGGACCGCCCGUCUUCAGGGCCCAGGUCCCGUAAGCCCAAAACAACUCGGACUCCGACGAAAGACGACAAGCGGCCCCGGACAGCCUUCACAGCGGAGCAACUCCACAGACUCCGAACCGAGUUCCAGAGUAACCGUUACCUGACCGAACAGCGCAGGAAGAACCUGGCCCGGGACCUCGGCCUCAACGAAUCUCAGAUCAAAAUCUGGUUCCAGAACAAAAGGGCAAAAAUCAAGAAGGCAACCGUGGAUAAAAACUCGCUGGCGGCGCAACUGAUGGCGCAAGGACUCUACAACCACGCAACCAAGGACGCCAAGUCCGACAGCGACUAGAAGACCACAUGCAAUUAAAAAACUACAAUGCCAGACACAAUACUUCAACUACAGGCUAUUUUUACAUGACGUGUGUGCGUGUGUGUGUGUGUGUGUGUGUGUGUGUGUGUGGAGGCGACAUAUCCUCAGGGCUGACAGGUGAUGCGUUCAAAUGCCGGGGCAGAGAAUGGGAAUUUCAGGACAUUCCACAAAUAAAACAUGCUUGGAUCCGUUGGUCGCCAUCUUAAUCAAUGACAUUUAGACGAAUUUAGCCUGAAAAAUGCUAACACGCGCUGUGCUUGUUUGUUUGCUAAAGUGCUAACAGCGUCAGGGAGAUGGAACACGAAACACAUAACAACAUCGUGUUAUAAAUAAUUGGUAACGUAGCCUGAUUCACGCCAGUCAUUAAGAAAACUAUGCUGAAGUCCAAAGAAUUGAGUUUUGCUGCAUUUUGGUGUCUUUUUUGGUCUUUAGUUCAUCGAUGUAGUCUUUGUCUGCUAGAAUAUAAGGACUGUUUACCUUCAGGUAAAGUGUUUAUCUGUCAACUGAGCCUACUACAGCCUUCUACGGGUGCCUAAAUGUACACCAGGGGUGUCCAAAGUGCAGCCCGAGGGCCAUUUUUGUCCCCAAACAAAACGACUUUGUUUUUAAUGAGAUAUAUUAUUAGAUUUUACACUCAUUGUUCAUAUAGUUGAACAUAAAUUGACCUCUACUGGGUUACAUCUAGCCUCUUUCAUGCACAAAACGUAUGAAAGUGGCCCCCGUCCUUUCAUUUUUAUGACUUGGUGUAAAAUGUUUGGACAUCCCUGCUGUACAGAAGUGCAACGACCCUCAAAAGGGGAAUGUAAACACACCUUAAAAAAAGUUUUCCAAUUCUUAAUUCCAUUUUUCUAUUUUAACAGUCUGCUGAAAAGUGUUGAAUAAUAUAUGUUCAUUGAAUAAGCCUAAUGUUGGGGGGGGAGCAAUUUGAAGUUGAAUUAGUUUUUUGGGGGGUGUCCAAAAUGCAGCCCGGUGCUCAUUCUUACAGAAACCCCCCCAAAAAAGUGCAAAAAGUUGAAAUGUUGAUGCAAAUGAGGCAAAAAAAAAAAUUAUUGAAAUAAAUAUAACUUCUUUUGAGCCUUUUUAGAGUAUUAAAAAUAUCCAAACAGCCUCUUUCUUAAACAUUUUUUUUGGACACUUCUGCUUUAAAGGAAAACAUCAGCAAUAAAAUAAAAUUUAAAAAAGCUUGGCUUUCAUCCUUUUAAACAUCCCAUCAGCUCUGAUGCACUGCAGGGAAUAUUGUUUCAUAACUUUAUGGACCUAUAUGACCAUAUAUAGGUUAUAUUCACAUACAAAUGUUUUAUUUGUUGGAUCAAAAUACAAUAUAUUGGUAUUUAUAAUAAAUAUAUAGCCAUACGGACCACCUUUCCGUGAGUUAUUUUUGUGUUGUGGAUGCAAGCUCUCAAAGGCCUUUUGUUGGGUCCACGUCAUGACGACCCAAGCCAAAUGCUGGUCUUGCUGUGACUGUUUGAUUUCUCUUUUUGCUGAUCUUGUUAAGUACAAACAGUUGCCUUAAAAUGGUGUAAAUAUGCGCUGGAAUAUGUGCUUUUCUAUUUGGCUAAUGGGACUUCUUUAAAAAAAAAUAAUAAAAAUAGUCACUGAAUUCAGUCAUUUGAUUGUCUUUAUUUAUGCUCCAUAUGUAACUUUUUAUGAUGGUGUGAGAGUAAAUAAACAAAACACAACUUGAUGGUGUGGACUUUAUUUUAAAUUAAAAAAAAAUUAAAUAACAAAAUAUUUAAAAAAAUCUUCACAUAGCAGUAAGAAACUCUAGUACACAGUAAU